AUGGCGACCCUGGCGGAGAAGUUCGACAAGAUCAAAUCGCCCAACCUGCAGAAUCAGCGCCAUACCGCGAUUGUGCUCAAUGCUGUUGAGGAUACGCUGCGCGACCAAAAGGCCGAUUUCUCCCCCGCCGCGUAUUUCGCUGCUCUCCUCGCGCUGCUCAACCAGGCGCUCUCUAGUGAACGUGGAAUUGUCAACAAAGAGCUAGCCACGUCGGUGGUCUAUCUGCUCGACAUCACCGCUGACUACGUCCCCGCUCCCCUCCUUCGUUCCAAGUUCUCCCAAAUCCUGACCAACCUCGUCCCCGCCCUUACACUCCCCGAUGUCGAAGCGCCGCUGCUGCGACCCUCCAUUGGGUGUCUCGAGUCUCUGCUGGUGGCCCAGGAUGCCGCUGCAUGGGCUCUGCCACAGACCCAGAUCGGCCCGCGCCGGGCGACUGCCGGUCUGUUGAGCUUGGCUGUCGACCACCGGCCCAAAGUGCGCAAGCGAGCGCAGGAGGCGUUGAUCAAGGUCUUGAAAAACCCUCCGCCCAGCCCAUCCUUGGACCAUCCGGCGGCAGACAUGUGUGCGGAGACGGCGCUGCGCACAUUGCAUGACAGUGUGACCGCCGCAGGGAAGAACAAGAAGGGUCGCCAUGGGCCCCAGAAUCACGACCCCGCGAUCAUCCACUCCUUGCACCUCAUUAAGACGGUCGCGUCUGCAUCCGGCGGCUGGCCGAGCAAGAAGAUCGAGCCUCUGGUCGAGUUGCUCAUGAAUGUCUCGCGUUCCAGUAACGAAUACGUCACCAUGGCGGCUUUCGAGGUCUUUGAAGUGAUUUUCGAGGGAAUGGCAGACGACUUCUCUUCCGCGAAGCUGCCACGGCUUCUGGAAGCGAUCCAGGAGUUGAAACCGGCGCAGAACGACUCCCAGCUUCUUCCACCGUGGAUUGCGGUCUUGUCGAGGGGUUACGACGUCUCUGCGCAGAUCAACCCGCAAGAGACCUUCGAGAAGCUGCCAGAGCUCUUCGAGAUGGUUUCCGCUUUUCUGGCUUCUCCAUCGCAAAACAUUCGAAUUUCAGCGUCGGAAUGCCUCAUCUCAUUCCUCGCCAACUGCAUUCCCAACAGUGUCAUUCUGGAGCCUUCCGUCUACGACGAGAAGACGUUGGAGAAACUGGCCAAAUACGCGUCGGAUCUGCUUUCUGUGAAAUAUCAAGCAGCGUGGGCGGAGGUGUUCAAUGUCUGCGGCGCGAUGUUUGACGCGUUCAAGUGGCGCUCGUCCCCUUACCUCAGGAAUAUCGUCAAAACGAUUGGCGAAAUACGUGGAAACGAGUCGUUCCAGGGGAAGAAAGAGGCAGAUCAGGUCCUUGGUAGGGCUGUGUAUGCGAUGGGCCCCGCUGAGGUUCUGGAAAUCCUGCCUCUUAACAUCGCCCAACAGAAGCCUGGCCAGCCUGGUCGGGUCUGGCUUCUGCCGAUCCUGAGAGACAACGUGUCGAAUACCAAUCUCGCGCAUUUCCGUUCGGAAUUCGUGCCACUGAGUGAAGCGCUGUACCAGCGAGUUCUGGAGUACGGGAAGGCCGAAAAGACCGUCGAGGUCAAGAUCUUCGAGACCCUCAUCCAACAAACCUGGUCCAUUCUGCCCGGGUACUGUGAGCUGCCGCUAGACUUGGAGAAGGCGUUCGACCAGAGCUUCGCGGAGCUUCUCUCCAACGUCCUCUACAAACAGACGGAGCUGCGCGUCGACAUUUGCAAGGCCCUGCAGAAUCUGGUGGAAUCCAACCAGGCGAUUCUGUCGCUGGAGACUGAGGGCGAUGAUCUUAUUGUGCAGCGGCGCAUCACAAAGGACGCUGCGAAGAAGAACAUUGCCCACCUCGCGGGAUUUUCUAGCAAUCUGCUGGCCGUUCUUUUCAACGUGUAUAGCCAGACUCUUCCGCACUACAGGGGAUACAUUCUGCAGUGUAUCAAUGCUUACUUGAGCAUCACCCCGGAGAAGGAACUUGACGAGACAUUUAACCGAGUCACUACAAUGUUGGAAUCGGAACUCCCUUCAGAGGAAGAGGCAGCCAAGAAAGGCAACCUGCCGAAAGGAACCGGAGACAAAAUGCCCCCAACGUCUCACACGUUGAUCGACCUUCUCAUCGCCAUGUCGAUCUACCUGCCACGGUCGACUUAUGGGAAGCUGUUUUCGCUGGCAUCUGUGAUCCUCAAUCGCCAAACGUCCGAUCCGCAGUUGAUCAAGAAGGCAUACAAAUUGAUUCCCCGUCUCGCGACGACGGAGCUUGGACGGACCGCGCUGAGCGAGCGCAGCUCUGAGCUCCAGUCUCUGAUGCUGGCGACUGCCGACAAGACCCCGUCUCCCGCACGACGGGAUCGUCUUCACGCGAUCCACGAACUCGUCACGUACUUGCCGACCUCCGACCUCCACUUCAUCCCCUCGGUUCUCCCCGAGGUCGUGCUCGGGUGUAAGGAAAGCAACGAGAAGGCGCGAAGCGCGUCCUUUGACCUGAUCAUUCACAUGGCCAAAAGGACCAUUGAUCCUGAGCGGAAUCCCCCGGGUACGAAGAUUAGGAAUUCCUUGGUGCCUCACAUGCCGAAUGAUUCGCCCGAUGCUCCGGCGACGCUCGAAGAGUUCUUCACCAUGGUGUCGGCUGGUCUGGCUGGCAGCUCGCCACACAUGGUCGCCGCGUCCGUCACGGCGCUGUCGCGGUUGUUCUUUGAGUUCCAUUCUAAGAUGUCGUCGCAAGUGGUACUGGAUCUUGUCCAGACGGUCGAGCUGUUCUUGACGAGCAACAAUCGCGAGAUCGUGAAGUCUGUUCUGGGCUUUGUGAAGGUGGCUGUGGUGUGUCUGCCAGAGGACAUGCUCCGUCCGCGCCUCGACUCCUUGGUCCCGAAAUUGAUGGUCUGGAGCAAGGAACACAAGGGCCGUCUGAGAACGAAGGUCAAGGGGAUUCUGGAUCGACUCAUCCGCCGGUUUGGUGCCGCGAUGGUGGAGGCCCUGGUGGGCGAGGCGGAUCGCAAGCUGGUGGUCAACGUCAGGAAAGAACGCGAGCGGAGGAAGCGGAAGAAGGAGAAACGCGAGGCGGCCGAGGAAGAGGAGGACGAAGGCGCUGCUCCUGCUCGCGGCAAGACGUUCACCAACGAGUUCGACAAGGCGGUGUAUGGCUCGGAUCUCUCGAGCGACGAAUCCGACCUCGACGACGCCAGCGAGAUCGAGAUCGACGAGGAAGGCCGCAUCCAGAGCGUCUCGUCGACGAAGAAGGGCAAGGCCGGCAAGGGCAACAAAGGAGGAGAGCAAUACAUCCGCGAAGAGUCGCCAGAAUCCAACCCUCUGGACCUGCUCGCUCCGGACGCGCUGGCCAGCAUCUCGACCACCAAACCCAGCGUGCGGUUCCUCAACACGGGGCCCGGAGCCAAGAAGAAGCGAUCCGCCAAGGUCGAUGCCGACGGCAAGCUGAUCCUGGGCGACGACGAGGACGGAGACGUCGACAUGACCGGCGCAGCAGGCGAUGGCGAACAGCCCGAAAGCGGCAUCAACGCAUACCUCGAGGCGGUCAGCGGGCCGAAUGCCAUCCGUCGCGGCCAGAAAGGCCGGCUCAAAUUCAACAAGCAGAAGAAAGAUGACGAGAUGGACGUGGAUGGCGAGGACGAUGACGAGGAGGAGAAGACAAAGGCUAAAGUUGCAGCUGCAGCCGCUGCUCUCGCAAAGAAGAAGAAGCCAAUCGUCAGCGGACGGCGCGGCCUGGGCGCUCCCAAGAGUCACGGUCCCAGCGGAUCAGGCAGGAUUGAGAAGCGGCGGAACAUUGUAGCGAAGAGGAGUGGGAGGGGUAGUAUACAGAUUGGGAAUCGGAAGAGAUAG